CAGCCCCUCUGUGCGUGAGGGAGCGCGGUGCCGGCCAUCGGCGCUGCAUUGCUCAGGCCUGGCGGCGGGCGGAGCGCGGCCCGGCCCUCGGGGCGCGGCCUGGCCCCAGGAGCGGCGCGGGGCUGCGGUGCCGGCAUGUCAGAGCAUUACAGAUGGAAAAGGAAAAGCCAAGGAAAGUCUUUUAAGUAUUACAGAAUAAAGAAAUGUGGCCUGAAUGGAGUUGUCUGUGCCGUGUAAUCACUGUGAAGUUUUGUAAUGGCAGAAGCUAGGUCUUCGGGAAUCAAAAGAUCCCAAACAAGUUUGUCACUCGGUAAAAAUAAGAAGAAAAAAGAAACAACAAAAAAAGUGGAAGUUACAGGAACACCAUCUACACCUUCAGCAUCAUCCUCUAUUACUUCCUUUUUUAACAAUGUUCCCCCUGCCAAAGUUAGCUGUCCCAUGUGUGGGCAAUUGGUACCAAGAUAUGGAAUAAAUAAGCACAUUGAUGAAACAUGUCAGAGAAACCAUGGUGAGAUUGGUGCCAAUGAUGCUACACUGAAUUCUUUUAGGAAUAAGAGUCCCCCAGCUGCAAAUCUGAGCAGUAAUUCCAGCUCAUAUUUUUCAAAAAACUUCUUAAAUCUAGAAACAAGUCCUUCCAAAAGUAAUUUAUUGAAAGCUGGAGGGAGUGCAGCACAGCAGACUAGCCCUUACUUUAGCAAUGAUAGUUCAGUCUUUAGUGUGAACAGUGAAUCCCAGGCACGAACAGUUAGAACAGUCUCCUUGGGAAGCUUGUCUGCCAAGCUGUCCAGAAGACGCUGCCUGCAGGGAGGAAAACAGGUCCUGUAUGACGAGAUCAACUCUUCACCUCCAGCUGUUCACAAUGCCUGUGGAAGUGCUGCAGCCCCCAGUGAUGAUGAUGGUGAUGAGACUGAUUCUGGGCAGAGUUCUCAGAAAGAAAAUCAGCCUUCUCAGAGAGAGCACCAGGAACAACAUUUUUCAAAGAGGGAACCUGAAUUUCAAAACAAAAUAAACAAAUGUAAUCAAGAAGACCUUGUGGAUGUGAUUCAAGUACAAUUACUGGCUGAUAACAGUAAGGACAAAAGGUUCCCAUCUGGUACAAGGAGCACCAAAGCAGAAAGCAGCUCUGAAGGUGGGAUACUUAGUCCUGAUAGAUGUGAAACAUCUCUAGCCAUCCAUACUUCAGCAGAGCUGACCAGUAAUUUGGACAUUGAGACUCAGCCUCACACUGAGGUUACUCCUUCAAAGACAGAAGUGAGCAGUGGGACAGAAAAUUGCUUUAACAGGGAUGAUGCAGAGGUACUUCCUGUGGAAGUUCUUGAAGACUUAAAGAAUGACAUGAACCAUUCUUUGUUAGAAGCUGUGGAAAAGACAGAAUCUCAGGAUUCCACUGGGGACGUUCUAGACAAAAUAGAUGAGGUCCUCUCUGUGCCCAGCUCUCCUGGUCACCCCUACUACCUCCAGAAUUUUUUAGUGGUGCUGCGAGCAGUAUUGCAGAAUGAAGAUGAUGUCAGACUAUUUAACGAACAAGAUUUGAACAUUGUAAACAAGUUCUACAAAUUAUCAGUUGGUGGGCAGAAGUUGUAUGUGAGACUUUUUCAACGCAAGCUGAACUGGUUAAAGGUGAACAAAAUAGAGUAUGGGGAGAUAAGUGUGGAUUUGUCACCAGUCAUUGAAGAACUGGCUGAAGCCAGAUUCCUACAAACAGAAUCUGAAUUGGAAGACCUGUGUGAAGGGUUGGAUUUGCUUUCAGCCCCUGAGCUAAAAACACUGGCAAAAAUCUUUCACUUGCCAAACCCAAAUGGCCAGAAACAGCAACUCGUGGAUGAUUUUCUGAAGCUGUCAAAGCAGCGUUCCAUCUUCAGCAGGAGUCAGGCUGGUAUUGGGACAGUGAUUUUAAAAAGGGUGAAGGACCUGGCUGGAAAAUGUGUCAGAGUCUGCAGAGAUGCUCGGGCUGUCUUUUCCCGAAUCCUGCUGCUGUUUGCACUGCCUGAGUCGCUGGAGGAGGAAGAAGCUGGCAGUGCUGGUCAAGGCCUGCUCUCCACAGUCCUUAGGGCAAACAUGGGGCAUAUGGUGUUCCCCAGUUACACAGUAAACAGGAAAACACAGGUCUUCCAGGACAGAGAGGAUCUCAUCAGGUAUGCAACUGCUGUUCAUCUGUCAAAUGAUAUAGCCACUGCAAUGGUAAAUGGAAACUGGGAAGAAGCUAAUAAUCUCUAUUUGUCUGCUAAAGAAACCUGGAAUGAACUGAAGAAUCACCCCUCUUUGAGCUAUCACAGAACUUUACCUGAUUACCUGCGACGUUUCACAGUUGGCUGGGUGUACACAAGAAUCCUUUCUCAAGGAGUUGAAAUUCUGCAGAGACUUCACAAGUAUAAGGAAGCAGUGCAGCAGCUGCAGAGCCUCCUGGCCCAGGAUGUGUAUUGUGCUGACAGCAGAGGGAGAUGGUGGGAUCGGCUGGCUCUGAAUUUACAUCAGCACUUGAAAAACACUAAGAAGGCCGUGGGCUGCAUCCGGAGGGGGCUGGCAGACGCGGCCGUGCGCACCGGGCACCGCCUGUCCCUGUGCCAGCGCGCCCUGCGCAUCAGGGACUCGCCCAGCUGCAGGCAGCUCCAGGGCCUGCUGCAGGACCUGCCCCUCCUCACCGUGCACGACGUCGCUCAUGUUACAAUCAGUGGAAAGAUGUGUCCUCAGACGGGAAUGGGAAAAUCUGUGUUCCUCAUGGAGGAUAUUGGUGAAGGAGAAGGAGGCCAGGACUGCAGUGUAUCCACAGUCAUGUGCUCAGUUGAGGAGCUGGCAUUAACUCAUUACAGGAGGAAUGGUUUCGAUCAGGGUAUUCAUGGGGAAGGCUCAACCUUUAUUACUCUUUAUGGGAUUCUAAUGUGGGAUAUCAUUUACAUGGAUGGCAUACCUGAUGUCUUCAGAAAUUCCUAUCAGACAUCCCCCUUGGAUUUAUACACUGACAGCUUCUAUGAGAACAGGAGGGCUGUCAUUGAGGCCAGACUCCAGCAGUUUCACACAGCUUCCUCAGAGAUGCUGGCAGAGCUGGUUGCUGACGUCUGGACCACUCAGGAGGGAAAAGCAGCAGCCCUGGUUAACUGGGGACGUUUUACUUCCCUCCAGCAAGUCCAGAGCCUGGUCUCCUGCCUUGGAGGAAGGUUCCUGAGCGGUGUUUUCCAGCGGCUUUCCAGGGACCUGCGGCACUGCCGGGGGGGCCUGCCCGACCUGCUCGUGUGGCGCUCCCACAGCCCGCACUUCAAGCUGGUGGAGGUGAAGGGCCCCAACGACCGCCUGUCUCCCAAGCAGAUGCUGUGGCUGAGUGAGCUGCACCAGCUGGGGGCUGCAGUGGAGGUUUGUCACGUGCAGGACGUUGGAGGCAAGAGCAAACGCCUCAGCUGACAGAGGUUGGAUCUUGGGGGGAAAUCAGGUGUUCCUAAAGGAAUGGGUAGCACACACCAAUGGCUGCUGCUUAAUAAAAAUAGUUUCUUCUAAAA